CACGUUUUCCGAACUUGAUCAUGUCGCAAUAUAGAAAACCAAAUAUUAAAUUAACAAGUAUAUGGGAUUUAGAUUCCGAGGAAGAGGAAGUUGACGAAAGGAUAGAUGAAGCCCCAAAUAUCCCAUGGACUCAAUUUCCAAAGGAAGAAUGGGAACAGAUCAAAGCUAAAACACGACAAGGUUGCAACUGUGACGAUUGUGAACGAGCGAUUGAUCCGACGAUCCGGCCGGAUUUUUCUGCUCUUCGAAAAAUAUUUUCAUCGGAUAAGUUACUCCGUCAUGCAGCUAUAUUCGCUGGAACACGCAAGAUUAACGAAAAAAUUGUAGAUCACUUUCAUACUACUUGGAGACAUCCAAUGCAUAUGGGCGUUCCCAACGUUGAGUUUGUGUCUUUCAUGAUGAGUGAUACGAGUGUUUGUCAAAGAUUCGACGAUUAUAUGUCAGAAUUAUUAUUAAUUCUUGAUGACCCUAACGUAAAGCCUUUAUGGCACGGUACAAAAGUAAACUGCAAAUUUGCUGACAAACCGUGUGAUCCUUCUUCAUUAGAUAGUUGUGCUGGAUGUAAUAUAUUAAGUAAAGGGUUUGAUAUUAGCAAGAGCGGAUCAGCAAAUCCAUUUAAAAGAUUUGGAACUGGCAUUUAUUUUGCCCCUAAUUCCUCUAAAGCCCAUAGUUAUGCUACUCCUCGAGGAGGUGGCGAAGAUUUAUAUACCAUUUUAUUUUGUUUUGUCGCUUUGGGAAGGUGUCAUACAACAAUUGAUGACAUUCCAAGUUUAGCUGAACCUCCGUAUCCUUGUCAUUCUGUACAUGGGCGUGUAGGACAUCGGUUGAAUUAUGAAGAAUACGUUAUAUACAGACCGGAUGCUGUUGUUCCUUUCGCUGCC